UCGAAAAAUUCGCUGAAAUUAAUUGAAAAUCAUUGAAAAUACGUUCGCUAAAAACAUUUAGAAGAUAAUUUGUACCAAUUAAAGGCAGUAACUUACCAAAUCCGUAAUUGACAGUCCAUAACUUCUUUGAAUUUCAUCAAAAUUUUAAUUUUAGCUGAAAACGACACGUAAUCAAGAUGGACGUUUCUGACUUCUCAAACGUCGAAUUCUCCGCCACUGAUUGGGUAAACAAGAUUUUCACCGACAAAUCCGCAGAUCAGCAAAGCAAAGAAGCCACCGUCACAUCUUUGGUCAGCAAAUUACAGCUUUAUGUGCAACAAGUCAACGAAAAAAUCGAAGAUACAAGUCAAGAAAUUCUGUAUAGCUUACCUUCGAUCAUGAAAGACGUCCAAAAUUUGCAAGGACAAGCUGUUACCUUAAAAUCCAGCAUCUCCGAGGUCGAACGAGAGAUCGCAGCAGUGCAAGAAGAAACCUCCAGCGGCAUCGAUCGCUUGGAAUACUUGGAUAACUUGAAGACACAAUUGCAAAUUGCCAAACAAGGAUUGCAAGAAUCUGAUUCGUGGGGUGCCUUGACGACCGAACUCGAAGAUUUGCUUGAGCGAAAUGACAUUACGACUGCCUGUGAUAAAUUAAUGGCUUUGCAACAGUCGUUAAUUGCGCAAAAAUCCCUUCCUGGGCAAGUUGAAAGAACGCAACAAGUGGAAGACUUCAAAAAUCGGUUAGAAGCCUUGGCGAGCAUUCCCGUUGUUCAGAGUUUCACAAGUGGAAAUCUCGAUGACGCGAAAAAAUAUGUAAAAAUUUUCGAUAGUAUGGAUCGUUCGAAGCAAUUAAAGCACUAUUAUCGCUCCGUGCAGAAAAGUAACUUGCAACGACAAUGGGCUGAGAUCUUGGAACUUGCAGAAAACUCAAAUUCCGAUAGAUUUUUGCGAGAUUUCUACGAUUUACUGCUGGAAAAUUGUCAGAAACAAGCAAAAUGGUGCAAUAGCGUGUUUUCGGAUCCAGAUCAAGCUGUUUACACAAUUUCUGAGUUGUUAGUGUCGUUACAGCCGAGUCGCGAAACAGCAAUUCAAGCAGCUUUGAAACGUUCGAACGAAAAGUUGCAAGUUUUGAGGGAAGUAUCUGCCGCUAAUGUUCACUUUAGUCAAAUGUUACAAUCACAACUCGAGGGAAAAUCAAUUUUGCAGGAACCAUCAUUGUCAAAAGCUAUUUUUGGGUAUUUUUCGUCGUUCAUGGGACAAUAUUUGGAUUUGGAACAAAAUACAUUGGCUCAAAAUGUAGCAAAUUUAUCGUUAACUCACAAUAGCAGCUCAGCAAAUGCUAAAGUGAUCUUUUGGAUGGAUGAGGCAAUCAAACGAUGUGAAGAAAUAACACAAAAUUGUGCAAUUGGAACUUUGGUGACAAUUUUGAAUGACAUUUUCAAGGCUUAUUUGGAGAAAUAUCGUAAGGCACAGAAACAAAUUGAGAUAAGUCGUUCAAAUCAACUCGAACAACAAGAUUGGAGUUCCUUGCAAAUUUGCAUCUCUUUGAUGAAAUUAGUUGGCGAACUAAAAUUGCAUCUCGAGGACAUCGAGAACAAAAUUGAAAGUGCAGUUCUUGCUUUGGAUGAAGAUUUAACUGCAAACCGCACUUUUCGUUAUCAAAUCACGACAAAACGUGAGGAAAAAGACUUUCGUCGACUGCUCCAAGUCAUUAAAGAAAACAACAAACGUUCCCUCUUUCCAUCAGUUUUGGAAAAUCUUCAACCUUUAUGUGGAGAAAUCCAUGAUACCCUCCUUGCAAUCAUUUUUGCUCCAAUUGAAGGUCAUCUCAAGCAAGUCAGCACCCAAGAUUUGUUCAAUCAAUCUAACGCAACUUCCGAUUUGCCAGAUUAUAGUUUCAUUCCUCUCGAGUAUAUCACUCUCAUUGGCCAAUACAUUCUCACACUUCCACAACAUUUAGAACCUUUGCUGAUUUCUCAAUCGGAUGCCUUAAAAACAUCUUUAGAACUCUCUGACACGAAAUACGGCAAAGAUGCAAAUAGUGCGGAUAUCCUGUUGUCCCUCAUUGCCGACGAAUGUUGUGCAUUGUACCAAGAACAGAUUUCAGCGUUGACCAUUUUGUCAAAAAGUGGCGUGAAACAACUCGCUACAGACAUUGAGUAUUUGGGAAGUGUAUUUGAGGAAUUAGGAUUGUCCUUGGGAACGAAUUUGCAACAGACAGUAACGCUCUUGAGAGCUCCAAGUGAUAAAUAUUUGCAAAUUAGUGCGGGAAUGGAUAUUAGAUUGGUCACUAAAAUUAAGCAGAUUCGGGAAAUUGCUACAAUUGAAUAAGGAUUGAAUUAAAAAAUUAUGAAACUAAAAAUAAAAACAAAUAAAAUGACAAAUAACAAAUAAAAUUCAAAUGAAGAAAAAUUAGGCUGUUACAACGAAUUAAAAAGUUUUAUACUUACGAAAAUUC